AUGAAGGACUCGGGCAACAUCAGAUACUUCUUAGGUAUAGAAGUAGACAAAAGUGAUGCAAGCUUCUUUAUCUCACAGAAUAAGUAUGUCAUGAACCUACUAAAAGAGUUUCACAUGCCAAGUGCCAAAGGGACUAAACCUCCUAUGGACCCACAAGUUAAACUCCUAGCUGACUCAGGGGAGUACUUGCCGGAUCCAACUCCUUACCAGCACCUCAUUGGGAAGCUAAUCUACCUAACAAUCACCAGGCUUGACAUUGCAUUUACAGUUCAUACUCUAAGCCAAUUUAUGAAUAAACCAUAUGCAAGCUGCAAAACGUGUGCUAAGAUACCUAAAAAGUUGUCUAGGCAGGGAGUGCUUCUAGCUUCAUCAUCUGCAGUUGUUCUCACCGCAUAUUUAGAUAGUGAUUGGACAGGAUGCCCUUUGUCAAGGAAAUCAACUACUGGCUUCUGUGUUUUGCUAGGAAAAUCACCUAUCUUAUGGAAGACUAAGAAGCAAAAGAUGGAGGCUAGAUCCGCUGCUGAGGCUGAAUAUAGAGCUAUGGCUUUAACUACAUGUGGAGUUGUAUGUCUCACUCAACUGCUCAAGAAACUUGGCAUUAAGUUCGCCUAA